AUGCAAAUGUUCGAGGCACCGAGGAACGCAGGAACCCUGUUCCUGGGCGGAACAAAAAUCAGCGGAUCAGACGUACGAGACCAAUGCGUGCAAGCAACCCAAGCGAUAUCGAAUGUCGUGCGGUCAUCCUUUGGACCCAGUGGACUGGACAAGAUGAUGGUCGACGACAUUGGUGACGUGACAGUUACCAACGACGGUGCAACCAUUCUCUCCCUGCUCGACAUCUCCCACCCCGCCGGCAAGAUUCUGGUAGACCUGGCCCAACAACAAGAUAAGGAGGUUGGAGAUGGAACAACAUCAGUCGUGCUCAUCGCCUCAGAGCUGCUGCGCCGCGCCAACGAGUUGAUGAAGAUGCGCAUCCACCCCACAACCAUCAUUACUGGAUACCGCCUGGCCCUGCGUGAGGCUGUCCGUUACAUGAGCGAGAACAUUGCCACCAAGGUUGAUACUCUGGGUCGCGAGUCGCUCAUGUCCAUUGCAAAGACCAGCAUGAGCAGCAAGAUCAUCGGUGCCGACUCAGACUUCUUCGCUAACAUGGUUGUCGAUGCCAUGCAGAGCGUCAAGACUAUCAACAGCCGCGGCGAUGUCAAGUACCCUGUCAAGGCCGUCAACGUCCUCAAGGCCCACGGAAAGAGUGCUACAGAGAGUGUCCUGGUCAAGGGUUACGCCCUCAACUGCACCGUCGCCAGUCAAGCCAUGAACACCCGUAUCGUUGACGCAAAGAUCGCCUGUCUUGACAUGAACUUGCAGAAGGAGCGCAUGAAGUUGGGCGUACACAUCACUAUCGACGACCCAGCACAACUCGAGAAGAUCCGUGAGCGUGAGGCUGGUAUUGUCUUGGAGCGUGUCGACAUGAUUCUCAAGUCUGGCGCCAACGUCAUCUUUACCACAAAGGGUAUCGACGACCUGUGCUUGAAGUCUUUCAUCGAGAAGGGUGCCAUGGCUGUUCGUCGUUGCAAGAAGGAGGAUCUCCGACGUAUUGCAAAGGCCACCGGUGCCACCCUUGUCAGCUCCCUUUCCGACUUGAACGGUGACGAGAAGUUCGAGGCCAGCAACCUUGGUCACGCCGAAGAGGUUGUCCAGGAGCGCAUCUCCGACGAUGAGUGUAUCCUUGUUAAGGGUACCAAGGUUCACACUUCCGCUUCAAUCAUCCUCCGCGGUCCCAACGAGUACUCGCUCGACGAGAUGGAGCGCUCUGUUCACGACUCGCUUUCUGCUGUCAAGCGUACUCUGGAGAGUGGCCGUAUUGUUCCUGGCGGUGGUGCCGUCGAGACUGCCCUGCACAUCUACCUCGAGGAGUGGGCUACCUCGGUCGGCUCUCGCGAGCAACUCGCCAUCGGCGCAUUCGCGCAAUCCCUUCUUAUCAUCCCCACCACCCUCGCCGUCAACGCCGCAAAGGACAGUUCAGAACUCGUUGCCCAACUCCGCAGCCGCCACGCCCUGUCACAACGCCUCUCUGCCUCGGAAGGUGGCAGCGGCGACGCACACACCGCAGCUACCGUACAACCCGCCACCGAAGACGAGAAAUCGCUUGCCAAGAAGAAGAACUACAAGAACUACGGUCUGGACCUCACCAAGGGUCGCGUUGUCGACAGCUUGAAGAUGGGUGUUUUGGAGCCCGCCAUGAGCAAGGUCAAGCAGUUGAAGAGUGCUGUCGAGGCCUGUGUGGCCAUUAUGAGAAUCGACACGAUGAUCAAGCUCGACCCCGAGAACCAGGGUGGUGAUGAUGGUCACGGUCACUGA